AUGGCGCCCCUCUCUUCCCAUCACCUGCUCUUGCCGCUGGCAAUGUUGACAGGUCUCUGCUCCCCCUUUAAUGUGGACGAGCAUCACCCACGCCUGUUCACAGGGCCACCAGAGGCCGAAUUUGGAUACAGUGUCUUACAGCAUGUUGUGGGCGGACGGCGAUGGAUGCUGGUGGGCGCCCCCUGGGAUGGGCCUUCAGGUGACCGGAGGGGGGAUGUUUAUCGCUGCCCUAUAGGGGGAUCCCACAAUACUCCAUGUGCCAAGGGCCACCUGGGUGACCACCAACUGGGAAAUUCCUCUCAGCCUGCCCUGAAUAUGCACCUGGGGAUGUCUCUGCUAGAGACAGGUGGUGAUGGGGGAUUCAUGGCCUGUGCCCCUCUCUGGUCUCGCGCCUGUGGCAGCUCUGUCUUCAGUUCUGGAAUCUGUGCCCAUGUGGAUGCUUCAUUCCGGCCCCGGGGAAGCCUGGCACCCACCACCCAACGCUGUCCUACCUACAUGGAUGUUGUCAUUGUCCUGGACGGCUCCAAUAGUAUCUAUCCCUGGUCAGAAGUUCAGACUUUCCUUCGGAGGCUGGUAGGGAGGCUGUUUAUCGAUCCGGAGCAGAUACAGGUAGGGCUGGUUCAGUACGGGGAGAGCCCUGUGCACGAGUGGUCCCUGGGAGACUUCCGAACGAAGGAGGAAGUUGUGAGAGCAGCGAGGAACCUGAGCCGGCGGGAAGGGCGAGAAACGAGGACUGCCCAGGCAGUCAUGGUGGCGUGCACAGAAGGGUUCAGUCAGUCCCGGGGUGGCAGGCCGGAGGCCGCCAGGCUGCUGGUGGUUGUGACUGACGGAGAGUCCCACGAUGGAGAGGAGCUCCCAGCGGCGCUAAAGGCCUGCGAGGCUGGAAGAGUGACGCGUUACGGGAUUGCGGUCCUAGGUCACUAUCUCCGGCGACAGAGAGACCCCAGCUCUUUUCUUCGGGAAAUCAGAGAGAUCGCUAGUGACCCUGAUGAGCGAUUCUUCUUUAAUGUCACCGAUGAGGCUGCACUCACAGACAUCGUAGAUGCGUUGGGAGACCGAAUCUUUGGUCUUGAAGGGUCCCACGGAGAAAAUGAAAGCUCCUUUGGGCUAGAAAUGUCUGAGAUUGGCUUCUCCACCCACCGGCUACAGGAUGGGAUUCUCUUUGGGAUGGUAGGGGCCUAUGACUGGGGGGGCUCGGUGCUAUGGCUUGAAGAAGGUCGUCGCCUUUUCCCCCCACGAACUGCCCUGGAAGAUGAGUUUCCCCCUGCACUGCAGAACCACGCAGCCUACCUGGGUUACUCAGUCUCCUCCAUGCUUCUGCCCGGUGGGCACCGCCUCUUCCUCUCCGGGGCACCGAGGUUUAGACAUCGAGGAAAAGUUAUCGCCUUCCAGCUAAAGAGAGAUGGGGUUGUGAGGGUCGCCCAGAGCCUCCAGGGGGAGCAGAUUGGCUCAUACUUCGGCAGCGAGCUCUGCCCAUUGGAUACAGACAGGGACGGAAUAACUGACGUCUUGCUUGUGGCGGCUCCCAUGUUCCUGGGUCCCCAGAACAAGGAGACCGGGCGUGUUUAUGUGUAUGCGGUGGGCCAGCACAUUUUGCUGAUGCUCCAAGGAACCCUUCAGCCAGAACGUUCCCAGGAUUCUCGGUUUGGCUUUGCCAUGGCCGCUCUCCCUGAUCUGAACCACGACGGUUUUGCCGAUGUAGCAGUUGGGGCGCCCCUAGAGGAUGGGCACCAGGGAGCCCUGUACCUGUAUCAUGGCGCCCAGGCUGGAGUCAGGUCACACCCUACCCAGCGGGUUGCUGCGGCCUCCAUGCCACAGGCCCUCCGCUACUUUGGCCGAAGCGUGGAUGGCCGGUUGGAUCUGGACGGAGAUGAUCUUGUGGAUAUUGCCGUGGGCGCCCACGGGGCAGCCAUCCUGCUCAGCUCCCAGCCCAUCGUCCACUUGGUUCCAGCCCUGGACGUGAUGCCACCACACAUCAGCGUGGUUCAGAAGGACUGUAGGCGAAGAGGCCAGGAGGCAGCCUGCCUAACCGCAACCCUCUGCUUCCAAGUGACCUCCCACACUCCCGGCCGCUGGGAUCGCAGGUUCAACAUGCACUUCUCAGCAACGCUGGAUGAGUGGACGGCUGCAGCACGUGCAGCGUUUGACGGCUCUGGCCAGCGGCUGUCCCCUCGGCAGCUCCAGCUCAGUGUGGGCGAUGUCACCUGCGAGCAGCUGCACUUCCAUGUGCUGGACACGUCGGACUACCUCCGGCCGGUGGCCUUGACUGUGACUUUUGACUUGGACAACACCACAAAGGCAGGGCCUGUGCUGGAUGAGGGGUCACCCACGCUCAUACGAAAACUGGUCCCCUUCUCAAAAGACUGUGGCCCCGACAAUGAAUGUAUUGCGGACCUGGUGCUUCAAGCUGAUAUGGACAUCAAAGGCUCCAGGAAGUCCCCGUUUGUAGUUCGAGGUGGCCGGCAGAAGCUGCUGGUGUCAGCAACCCUGGAGAACAGGAAGGAGAAUGCCUACAACACUAGCCUGAACCUCAGCUUCUCUAGAAACCUCCACCUGGCCAGCCUCACUCCUCAGAGGGCCAAGUCCGUGAAGGUGGAGUGUGCAGUCCCUUCCCCGCACGCCAGGGUGUGCACUGUGGGGCACCCAGUCUUCCAGGCUGGGGCCAAGGUGGCCUUUCUGUUAGAGUUUGAAUUUAGCUGUACCUUCCUCCUGAACCAGGUCUUCGUGAGGCUGACUGCCAGCAGCAGCAGCCUGGAGAGACAGGAGACCCUUCAAGACAAUGUAGUGCAGACCUCUGCCCACAUCCGCUAUGAGCCUCACCUCCUGUUCUCUAGUGAGUCCACUCUGCACCGAUAUGAGGUUCAACCUUACAGGACUCUCCCAGUGGGUCCUGGCCCUGAAUUCAAAACCACUAUUAGGGUUCAGAACCUUGGCUGCCAUGCGGCCAAUGGCCUUGUGAUCUCGGCCCUCCUUCCAGCUGUAGCCCACGGGGGCCAUUACUUCCUGUCACUCUCCCAAGUCAUCGCUAGCAAUGCAAGCUGCUCCGUGCAGAACCUCACCGAGCCCCCAGGACCCCCUGUGCGUUCAGAGGAGCUCCAGCACACAAGCAGACUGAAUGGGAGUAACACUCGCUGUCAGGUGGUGAGGUGCCGCCUCAGACAGCUGGCUAAGGGCACUGAGAUCUCAGUCGGACUGCUGAGGCUGAUUCACAAUGAAUUCUUCCGGAGGGCCAAGUUCAAGUCUCUCACAGUGGUCAGCGCCUUCAAGUUAGGAACUGAGGAGGGCAGUGUCCUACAACUGAACGAAGCCUCCUGCUGGAGUGAGAGCUUCUUGGAGGUGAUUCAGACCCUCUCCCCCCUCAUCUCCCUGUGGAUCCUUCUUGGCAGCAUCCUGGGGGGGCUGCUCCUGCUGGCUCUCCUCAUCUUCUGCCUGUGGAAGCUUGGCUUCUUUGCCCGUAAGAAGAUCCCCAGGGAAGAACAAAGUGGAGAGAAGUUGGAGCAGUGA